AUGUGCGACCAAAAGGCCAUGAUCAAAAAUGCAGACAUGUUGGAAGAGAAGCAACAGAACUCCAUGGAGUGCGCUACUCAGGCAUUGGAGAAAUAUAAUAUAGAAAAGGGCAUUGCGGCUCAUCUCAAGAAGGAGUUUGACAAGAAGUACAAUCCCACCUGGCAUCGCCUUGUGGGGAGGAACUUUGGUAGUUACGUGAUACAUGAAACCAAAUGCUUCAUCUACUUCUACCUGGGCCACGUUGCCAUUCUUCUGUUCAAAUCUGGUUAA